AUGAGUGUUCCCAAGCUCAGAGACCCGUCCCUCUUCAAGCAGGGCGUGGCCUAUGUCAAUGGCGAGUGGGUGCCAGCAAAGUCUGGCAAGACGUUUGAUGUCCAUGAUCCUGCGACCGGCAAGUUCAUCGGUAGCUGCCCCGAGUUUGAUGCCCAGGACACCGAGAAGGCCAUCGAGGCCGCCGCAGAGGCAUUCGAGUCGUUCCGGCACCUCACGGGGCGUCAGCGCUCUAAGCUACUUAGGAGAUGGUACGAGCUCGUGAUGGAGAACGCCGACGACCUGGCCACUCUCAUCACCUGGGAGAACGGCAAGCCCACGGCCGAUGCCAAGGGCGAAGUCGUCUACGCGGCCAAUUUCUUUGAGUGGUUCAGCGAGGAGGCCCCCCGCAUCUACGGCGACACCAUCCCGUCUUCGGUGCCGGGCAACCGCGUCUUCACCAUUAAGGAACCCGUCGGCGUCUGCGGUCUCAUUACCCCCUGGAACUUCCCCGCGGCCAUGAUCACCCGCAAGGUCGGGCCGGCCCUGGCCGUCGGCUGCACCGUGGUGUGUAAGGCCCCAGGCGAGACCCCUUUCACCCCUCUCGCCCUGGCCGAGCUAGCCCACCGCGCCGGCAUUCCCAAAGGCGUAGUCAACGUCAUCACGGCGCUCGACAACACCCCCGAGGUCGGCGAAGUCCUCACGACCCACCCAACCGUCCGUAAAGUCUCCUUCACCGGCUCGACUCCCGUCGGCAAGCUGCUUAUGAAGCAGUGCUCCGGUACCCUCAAAAAGCUCUCUCUCGAGCUGGGUGGUAACGCGCCCUUCAUCGUCUUCGACGACGCCGACGUCGACGCCGCGGUCGCGGGCGCCAUCGCCUCCAAGUUCCGCUCGUCGGGUCAGACCUGCGUCUGUGCCAACCGCAUCUAUGUCCAGCGCGGCAUCUACGACGAGUUUGCGGAGAAAUUUGCCGCCAAGGUACGCGAGUUCCGCGUGGGUAAUGGAUUCGAGGCGGGCGUCACGCACGGCCCGCUGAUUCACCACCGCGCGGUGGAGAAGGUUGAGCGGCAUGUGCAUGAUGCGAAGGAGAAGGGCGCCAAGGUUGUGCUCGGCGGGCAUACACUGCCUGAUCUGGGGCCAAACUUCUUCCAGCCGACUGUGCUUACCGGCAUGACGCCGGAGAUGGUGAUGGCGAGUGAGGAGACGUUUGGUCCCGUGGCGGGACUGUUCCCGUUUGAUACGGAGGAGGAGGUUGUCAAGAUGGCAAACUCCACGCCUGUUGGUCUGGCUGGGUACUUCUUUUCGAGGGAUGUUGCCCGCGUGCAUCGCGUCGCGGAGCACCUCGAGGUCGGCAUGGUCGGCGUCAAUACCGGGUUGAUCUCGGACCCGGCCGCACCGUUCGGUGGCGUUAAGGAGAGUGGAUUUGGUCGCGAGGGGUCAUUGUACGGCAUUGGGGAGUAUCAGGUCACGAAGAUGAUUACUGUUGGUGGCGUGGGGACGUUGCAAAGGUAG